UUGCUACUUUGUCUGUAAAAAAAAGGUGUAAAGCAACCAUGGGGCUGUUGAAAAGUAAGUGCGCAUCAAUUGUAUUGGUUCUGUGUUUUUCAGCUGUCAAUGGUUACAAUAGCAACAAUAAUGGUCUUGGAUAUUUCCCAAAUUUCCUUUCAUCACCUUCUGUCAGCAAACAUUCAUCUAGCCAAUAUGUUUAUCCGAACACCGUUCCAGUUUCCAGCUACAUCAACCCGGUUCUGCCACUAAGGGUGCCUGCUUAUUCUAACAUCGCUUCUGCUCAGGGAAUAGUGUAUCCAGCGUUUAUGCCACAUGGAAUAUCUUUAUUUAGAACACCUCCGCCCCAUACUGGACAUUCUAUUCACAAAAAUGUUUAUAAUCACAAAGACGUUGUGACAAAGUCAGUUUUAUACUCUGUUUUAUUGUCACAAAUCUUAAGAAAGAUAUGAUAAGCUUAAGAAUCUGCCUUGUUUUCUCACUAUUUAUUGCUUCAUUUUGCUUAUUUUAAUUAACUAGUAUUUAUUAUUUAUAAUUAUUUUGUAUCAAAUAUAUCAUAUACGUCAACAUUUAAAUGCUAUGGUUAUGCUUUAAAAA